AUUUUUGUUCUUCGAGGUAAUAAUUUAAAGAAAUCUAUUCAAUGACAAAACAAGUUAUAUUUUUUUAAAUCUAAUCAUCAAGUACUACCAAAGUGAGCUAUCGACGUUUGGAGGAAGACAACUGCUGCACUUACUUCGAUGCCCAACUGAAAAUCCGCAACCUAAUAUUGGCCCAAACGAAACGUAAUUAUACAAAUCAUCAGUUAAUACCACGCUAACAAAUAUCCCAACCGCAACUUUACCCAAACCCCACUACCAUAAUCAACUUCGUCAUGCUGGACGUGUACAGGCGGACAGUCACCCGUUUUCCCAUUGGCAAUGUCAGUUACAUGUUCGCUUAUGGCUCGGGCGUCAAACAGCAAGUGGGUUACGAUCAGAAGAAGUCGACGAAUAAUGUGAUUGAUUUAAUAUUUUGCGUGCGCGAUUCGUUGGGAUUUCAUGCGGAGAACGUUUAUCGUCAUGCCAGCCACUAUUCAGCCAUGCGUUUUAUGGGUCCCAAUUUGUUAGCACGCUAUCAAGACGACUUGGGAGCACGGGUUUAUUUUAACACAUUGGUGCCGCUACAGGAUCUGGGCAUUACCAUCAAGUAUGGCGUGGUGCACGAAGAUAAUCUUGUUGAUGAUUUGAUAAAUUGGCGAUAUCUGUAUUUAGCUGGACGCUUGCAAAAGCCAGUCACCGGUCUCGUCAAUCUAUCAGAUAAUCCCCGCCUGCAAUCGGCCAUUGAUCGAAAUCUCUUAUCGGCUUGCGAAACAGCGCUCCUUCUGCUUCCCGAGAAGUUUACCGCGUACCAAUUGUUCCAUGCGAUUGCCGGACUCAGUUACAAGGGUGAUUUCCGCAUGAUAUUUGGCGAGAACAAGCAGAAGGUGCAUAACAUUGUGGCACCCCAAAUGGCCGAUUUCUUUGCGCUCUAUCAACCCACAAUGAAGCAACUGGCCGAGUACGUGGCCGUCAACAUGCAUGGUGAAGAGCCGGGUUCGUUGAAGCCAUCGAUCACCUUUGAACAGGAUAAAUCGCGAGCAGCAACACGAUUCCAUUUGCGACACUUGCCCCAAGAGCUACGUAGACGGCUGCAAAAGAAUGCCGCCUGCCGUGGCGAUUAUUGCGAAGUGGUGGAACAUCUUUGUAUCACUCCAUUGCUGCCCAAGAUUGUGCAGGUCUCAGUCAACGACAUAGUUUGGCGCAGCAGCAUCUCACAGUCGAUUAAGAAUAUUGCCACGGCGGGCAUCUUUAAGUCCCUCCAGUAUAGCUAUCGUAAGGCCAAGAAGACUUUUGCUUAGGACUCGACAUAGUCCCAACAUCUAAGAUCAAAUAUAAUCCCUGCCACAAGCAAUAUUUACUAAGUUGCGCUAUUCUAUAAUAUUGUUAAUUAUUUUUAAGUCCCAACAGUUUUUGACGUUAUAAUAGAGAAACCAAAGUUCGAUGCAAACAGUAAAAA